CCGUGCGCAUGCGCACACGCGCACACGUCCAGCUCUCAGCUAGUGUCAGUGAAGUGUCAAAUUGUCCAUGUGUGUGUAUCUAUCAUCCUUUUAUAUAUUGCGAUAGAGGGAUAGAUGUUGCUGUAACUUAAUAACACUGGAUUUUCUUAUGUUUUCUACGAUGCUUGUAUUGUGUUUUGAGCGUGCAAUAGCGCGAUUCCUGCGCCCGCGCCGUUCCCACAUCUGAUGGCGUAGAAAACCAGUCAGAGAUAUCCAGCACAAAUGUUAUUAAAUAAUCUAAUGGAAGGCGAGUCGAUAACUACAAAGAAUUUAAUUUCAUCAAUAAAGAAAUUCAAUACAGACGAAAAAGAGCACGGUACUAUAAAGGCCCUUAUAAAGAACUUCAUUUUACCGGAUUCUGAAAACAUGGCUAUUAAACAUAAGCAAAAUUUUAGUGAGAAAUGUAUUUACUCUGUACCAAUAAAACCAUCAUCGCCCCAAAAUGAAAGAACGAAUUCUAUCAAUGAAGCUAAACAGGCUUUUUUAAACGCUACUGUAAACCCAUCAUGUUUGUAUCCGAGACAGACAAAUAAAGAUCCCAUAAUACAUUACGCACAAAUUGCUAUGGUUACAGAAAGUGAUGAUACGAGAAGUACUGGAGGAGGGAGAGAAUUACCAUUUGCCACGAAAAAAAUUAAUAAAAUUGCUACACCUUUGGAUAUACCGCCUAAUGUCAAAAAACGCAUAGAACAACAACAGAGAAAAGUAAGCUUUAAAACAAAAAAUGCUUCAGCGUGCUACAGACGACCACCAUUAGUAACUAAAACAACAAUGACUAUAACUAGUACCAAAGUGUCAGAGUUGACUAAAAAGUUCAAUGAUUUAGUAACCGAUGGAAACAAAACGCCAAUCAAACAGUCAAAGUUAGUAAAGAAAAUAGAGAAUCUUCAAUCAUCCAGAUGUUCUGCAAGCAAUAGUUCUACACCUUCGUCGACACUUAGCUCUAGUCCGAACAUAAAAAUAGUGUUACGGCAAAGAAGAAGUUCUAAACGACGAGGCUAUAGAAAAAGAUGUUCAAGUGUUAAUUCAAUUGAUAAACUACUUUCCGAAGGACCUAAUGGCAAAUAUCGUGUAAUACGAUCAAAAUCAGAUGGUACUAAAAUUCCAAAAUCACCAAAAAAACGCCUGAAAUAUCAAGACUCCAGUGAACAACAGAGUGGAUCAGAUACGAUUGAUGGAUGUCCAUCGAAAUCAAAUAAAGGUGAAAAUUCAAAACUAAAUUCAGUGGAAAAACCAAUUGAAACGAAUGUAAAAAAUGUUAUUAAAAAGUUUGAAUGUGAAAUAAGUGCCCAAGCUAGUAAUAAUAUAAUAAGAAAAUCGAACAUUCAAAUUGCCAACAAACCAUUAACAAAAGAGAAACCAAAAGUACCUGAAAAGAAAUCUUCUCUAGUUUUAACUAAAAAUAUCGUACUAAAGGAUGGUGUUCCAAAAAUAAAAACUAUAAAAACACCAAUUUCUGUGGAUUUUUUGAAACAAGAUCAAAUUACGGAUUUAUUAGACAAUACAAAAAAGAAAGAGCCCAUUUACGAUAAAAGAAAAUUUAAGACAAAUUACAUACAUUCCGAAAAAUUACCACUUCACUUAGUUGAAAUAAUACAAGAAGACGCCAAUGAAAUAUCAAACACAUUAAUAUCUGAUGAAUUUAAAAGCUCUGACAAAUUACAAAAGGAUGACGAACACACUUAUCAAGAAAUUAACUCGCAAAUUACGCCCAAUGAUUCUUUUUUGUGGCGCAGAAAAAGUUCACAGAUCUACGCAGAUCACGAUAAAUCUGUAUCAGAUAGUACAUACGGUUUUGUCAGUGUGAUGAUGGACGAAUCUUCUAUUAGUGUCGGUAACGCAAGUAUACAUAGUACUGAAAAAGAGCAAUCUCUGCUAGAAAAAAAUAGUGAAUCUCAAGAAAGUUCUGAUAGAAUAGAUCUAAAAAGUGAAACAAAUUCUGACUUUGAAAGUAAUUUAGUAGAAGCAUGUAAUAAAGACGUACUUAUAAGAAAAAUAUCGACAAAUGUUGAACCGGUUAUUGAAGAUGAUUACGAACCAUUAGAACCAAGAGAAUCAGAUAAUGUAGUAAUAAUAUCAAUCAAAAGUGACCGAUCAUCCAAAAUUAAUUGCCCGUUACCAGAAAUACCUAAAGAAGAAUCUACAAAUAAAGGCGAAAACAUUUAUCAAUGCCUUUUAGAAAUGAGAUCACAUCCUGAAGGAGAUGAGAACAGUCUUCAUAACUAUGAGCUUUGUGGUAACCAGCUCGAAGAGAGGACACGUGGAGACGGUGACAGUGACGAUGGUUAUGAGUACUGUAAAUAUUCUGUCAAGCCAUUUUGUCAUACGUCUAGCUCGGGCAUUCAAAUAGCCGAAGAUUUUAAUCCACGUAUUUCGAAGACUAAUGAUAAGAACUAUUAUAUCACAAAAUCUACUAGUGGAGCCUCAACAGUUAGUUACGAAAAAAUCGGUUCAGACAGAAUUUACGAGAAAAUUCCGCCGCGUCCGCCAAAGUCUAAAGGAAGCAGUCCGAAUAACAGCACUAGACAUUCAUUUGUCUCAUCUGAUUACAAUGAAAAUGAAAACAUUUAUGAUACCAUCAAGCAUGCUGAUGGCACCUCAUUGUCCCACUGCUACGAGAGCAUACCGAAUAGCCCGAGCAUGGUGAAGCUUAGAAAUAAUUUAAAGAAGCAACUGGCUUCUGCAGUGCAAAAACGUUUAUCUUUCGACAAUGUUUCAAACAUCAGUCAGUCAACGCUUUCGAGUGAGCAGAAAACUAACAGUAUCUAUGGACAAAGAUCAGUGCUCAGUUAUAAUGGACAGGAAAUAGCUUUCCAAGUACCAAGCAGCGAAACGAGUGUGAGUGAUCGAAGUGAUCGGAGCGACGACUGGGUCGACGUUUCGGACGAAGAAAAGACUGAGGAGAAGAAAAUAAUCAUAGUAAGAGAACGGAGUCGAGGAAGAAAGAGUCCGGUGAGCUGGUCGCAGAAGGUUCGGCAUCAGUGGGUGAAUUCACCGAAGCAAAACAAAGAUCAAGACUGUGACAGUAGUGACUCCGGGCACCUCUACGAGUCGCUGGAGCCACCGCCGCAGCCCCCGCUACCAGCCCUGCCAGCGCCGCCUAUACCAGAUGACGACUUCGAUUCCUUCGACAGCGACACUGACUCCGACGAACAUGAGAAGAUUAUACAGCCUGAGGUUCCCCCCGCGCUCCCUGCGUCUAGAUUACCGUCCCCGCCCGGAGGAGGACCGUAUACUCUUACUAAAAUAGCAAGCGCCGCGCAACGCAAGAUGCGGCAGAUCAAGCGAAAUCUCACAAAACGAUACUCUGUGGCAAUGGACGCUAAAACAUUCACGAAAUCAAACAAUCAGAACGGGACAUACGAUGUACCGAAAACACAAACAAAAACAAAGUCGCCAAUAUACGCAAAUUAUGAGAAACCAGAGAUCCAGCAUAUAUAUAGCAAUAUAAACUUUAAUGACACUAGAAAUGUUUUAAAUAAAGCCGAUAAUCCCUUGGCGAAGAUUACCGGGACGUUCAAGGAGGAAUUAAAAACUGUGAUAGGGGAGAAAGGUACCAACAGGACUGGGACCGACAAGGGAACAAAUAAAUCUGUAACAGGGGAAAAGAUUAAUAAUAAUAAGACUGCUGAAAAGAGGAAUAGUCAUGGGGAAGUACCACCCCCUCUACCAGAUAAACCCCCUCCAGAAAAGCCCACGACGCCUACAAGUGAUACUAAAAGCAGCGGGACGUUGUCACGGAAAGCAUAUUUCUCCUUCAAGUCUCGGUUCAGGCGAGCCACUUCUAUGGCGGUGGAUAUCAAUUCGGACGUACCGAGCGCGCUGAAGAUCACCAACUCGACGUUUUACUUGACCGAUUCCAUGGACGGCGACUCUGGAUUCAGCAAUUGCAGCGAGACGGGUGCGGAGACGCUGUCGCCGGCCGACCGGCGCCGCGACGGUACGCUCCGCGCGUGGUCCGAGUCGUCCCCGUGCCUGGCACUGGAGCGCCCCGCGCUGCCGCCGCCGCCGCCCCCCGCGCACCGCGCGCCGCACACUGACCUUAGCGCUGUCAACGAAGAGCUGAAGCGGCUCCUCCCGACCCUCUCGCGCAAGGAGAAGGGGCCGCGCACGCGAACCUCGUGGUACGCGGAGUGCGGCGCAGACGCGGUUCCCCCGCACACAUCUACGUCGUCCUGGUACGCGGAAGCCGGUCUUUACCAGGCUGGUAACAUCUCGUCGUCAUCGGGUGCGUCCUCGGGCUCGCACCCAGCGUCGCCGCUCCCACACUCGCUGUUCACCCACGAGCCGCUGUACCAGUUCUACAACGCCGCUAAAGUCGAGUCGGCGUGCCGCGAGACGGGCGACUCGGACUCGGACGCGUACGAGACCGGCGGCGGGUCGACCGCGGGCUCCACCGCGAGCUCGACGCGACCCUCCGCCAUGGCGCUCGUGGCGCCGCGCGGGCCCGCGCGCACGCUGUGGUGCGAGGUGCCCGAGGUCGUCAACUCGGCUGUGCUCAGUUCGUUGGCACCGGCUCAAAAACGACUCCAGGAAGCGAAGUUCGAACUUCUGACAUCAGAAGCUUCAUAUCUAAACUCGCUGAACGUACUCGAGACGCACUUCAUCUCGCACCCCGCUUUCCGCGACCGCCACGUGCUCCCGCGGGAGGACUGGGAAACGCUGUUCUCCGCCAUCAUACCGGUGCGCAAAUGUUCUCAAAUUCUGAUGACGGAAUUAGAAAAGUGCUGGCAAGAGAAUAUCUUGCUCCAAGACAUAUGCGACAUCGUUCAGCGCCACGCCGAAGCGCGAUUCCAUUCCUACGUCAAGUACUGUGAGAACCAGCCGCUUAUGGUCAAGACGCUGCAGCGCCUGAGAGAGCGCCCGUCCUUCGCUGCAGCGCUUAGAAGACUGGAAGGCCAACCCGCGUGCCAGAGCCUGUCGCUGCACUCGUUCCUAUUGCUGCCCAUGCAGCGCGUGACGCGCCUGCCGCUGCUGCUAGAUGCCGUGCUGCGCAACCUGGCGCCCGCAGACGACGAGUACCGCGGCUGCAUGCACGCACUCGCCACACUCAACGACUUCGUGUCGCAGUGCAACGAGGGCGCGCGCAACACGGAGCGCGUCGAGGAGAUGUGGCGCGUGGCUCGGGACAUACACGUGCCGCCCGCGCUGCGCCGCGCGCCCGAGCUCGGCCCCGCGCUCUCCCGCCGCGACCGCAGACCAAUUCGCUGGCUAGUCCGCUCGGGGGAGAUGACGCAGCUACUCUGGAAAAACGAUGAGCUGAAACUUACCUUCGGCAAAAAGUUCCACAAAAUACCGCUACACCUCUUCCUCUUUAACGAUCACCUCGUUAUCACGAAGAAGAAGGGCGAGGACUCGUUCGUAGCCGUGGACCACUGCGCGCGCUCGCUGGUGGAGGUGUGCGCCAGCGACGCGGCCGCCGGCGCCAAGCACGCGCUGCUGCUCACGCUGCUGGAGAACCACGAGGGACGCACCAUCGAGAUGCUGCUGUCGAGCCCGAGCGAGACGGACGCGCGGCGCUGGGCGGAGGCGCUGGCGCCGCCCGCCGCGGGCGCCGGGGAGACGCUGUACGCGGGCUGGGACUGCCCGCAGGUCACCGCGCUCUACGCCUACGCGCCCGCGCAGCCCGACGAGCUGGCGCUGGCCGAGGGGGACGUCGUCAACGUCACGCGCAAGACCAGCGAGGGCUGGUACUACGGCGAGCGCACGCGCGACGGCGAGGCGGGCUGGUUCCCCGGCGCCUACACGGCGGAGAUCGCGUCGCAGCACGUGCGCGCGCGCAACCUGCGCCAGCGGUACCGACUGCUGGCGCUCUCCGCCACCUACCUCGGACAGAAGAAACGGUCCGUCUGAGCGACGGGCUGCUGCUGCUGCUAUUGCGAUCGCUCGAUAAUCCGGAGCCAACGAUUUCGAAAAAAAAUCAUUAUUGAUGUCAUCGUACGAGUUCAUAAAACAUAAAUAAUAAUACUAAAUUAAUAAAACAAAAAAGUGCUACUUAAAACAACGCUGUUCAUAUAGUCCUCUAAUAAAUAUCCCUUUGUAUGUUUCAAUUUCAUUUUAUAUUAUUACAGUAAGGAAAUUUUAAAGUUGUAUUUGUUCUUAACUUAUUAAAAGUAUGGAAAAAUGUAAAGUUCAAAAAGUUUUACGGUAUGUAUCAUUUUGUAUAGUAUAUUUAUAAGAUGCGAUUGUUAAUAAGUAAUAAGUAUUAAUUCACAUUAAUUAUGACCGUGUUUUAAGAAUAAAGUGUUUCCGUCCAGAAACUGCCUUUUGUAAUUUUAAGACAAUUUUUGGAGUAUUUAAUGCGUGGAAAUUUAUCAAAUCGUUGUUGGAUACAUUGCACCGAAUUUUGCGUAGAGUUUAAUGUUGGUGCUUUUAAAUUUAGAAUAUUAAAUGUAUAAUUAUUUUAAAAAUGACAUGCUGAUGUGUAGCUAUUAUACUAACGUAAGUAUGCGAAAUGUACAGUUACGAAUGAGAUUCACGGAAAAUUAUUGUAUAGAAUUGUUUUUGAAUUGAAAAAAUAAUAUUUAGUUUUAGUCUAUUAAUAACUGAAAUAUACACAUUUAGAAUGUUUAUGUUUAACAGUUGAAAACUUCAAAGAUAAUGAUUAGAAUAUUUUUUAAACUUUCUAAAUUUAAUUCUAGAUGUGUAUGAUUUGAAACUUUAGUUUAAAAAUAUAUGUACGUAUACCAUUCACUCGUUUGCUGAUUCAUAAAUUAACUAGUCAAAUAGCGGACGAGUGGAAUUUGAAUAUUUAAAAAAAAAUGAAGACAGUUUACAGUACAGAUUCCGCCAACAUUCCCUUUUUUCAAAAACUAUUUUAUUUCGUUAAGAAAUUUGCACUAUAAUUUUUUGUUCAACAUAUGUCUAUGUAGUAUCUUAAAUUAUUUUAAUGAAUGUAAAAAUCUAGACAUUAAUUUAAUUAAGAUC